CUCAGCUCCCGCGGCAGCAUCAGACAGGCCCGUCUCACACUCCCAGCCACUGCGCCCCGAGGAGGCGCAGAGUGCGGUGGCUGCCGCUGAGCGGCCCGCAGCGCCAGGGGCCGGUGCAGCCCCAGCCAAGAGCGCCGCUCGCGCAGCCGUGUCACCCCUCACCCAAGGAGGGGGCGGCUGCUCAGACUUCGGCUUCUGGGGGUACAGGAGACCUACGGAGGAGGUGUCGGCAGCCCUCGCCCUUCUGGCGGCGGCGGCGGCUGGAGCCUUGGCCGCCGCCUCCUGCGUUCCCUCGCUGCCCCGCGCAACCCCAGGAUUUCGAACUCUUGCCCCAGACCUGUUGGGCGGGGCUUCGCGCUCCUGCCCUCGGCCCGGAUGGGUGUCCUGGCUGGGACUCGGUCCACCUGGAGUUAAUGUCCACCUGGGGGUCUGCGGAGACCGGAUCCGAGGUGCAGCUGCCGGACGGGACUCUAAGAUGAAGUUAUGGGAUGUCGUGGCUGUCUGCCUGGUGCUGCUCCACACCGCGUCCGCCUUCCCGCUGCCCGCCGGUAAGAGGCCUCCCGAGGCGCCCGCCGAAGACCGCUCCCUCGGCCGCCGCCGCCGCGCGCCCUUCGCGCUGAGCAGUGACUCCAAUAUGCCAGAGGACUAUCCUGAUCAGUUUGAUGAUGUCAUGGAUUUUAUUCAAGCCACCAUUAAAAGACUGAAGAGGUCACCAGAUAAACAAAUGGCAGUGCUUCCUAGACGAGAGCGGAAUCGACAGGCCGCAGCCGCCAACCCCGAGAAUUCCAGAGGCAAAGGUCGGAGAGGCCAGAGGGGCAAAAAUCGGGGUUGUGUCUUAACCGCCAUCCAUUUAAAUGUCACUGACUUGGGUCUGGGCUAUGAAACCAAGGAGGAACUGAUUUUUCGGUACUGCAGUGGUUCGUGCGAUGCAGCUGAGACAAUGUAUGACAAAAUACUCAAAAACUUAUCCAGAAAUAGAAGGCUCGCGAGUGACAAGGUAGGGCAAGCGUGUUGCAGACCCAUCGCCUUCGAUGACGACCUGUCAUUUUUAGACGAUAACCUGGUUUACCAUAUUCUAAGAAAGCAUUCCGCUAAAAGGUGUGGAUGUAUCUGACUCGGGCUCCAGAGACUGCUGUGUAUUGCAUUCCUGCUACAGUGCAAAGAAAGGGACCAAGGUUCCCAGGAAAUGUUUGCCCAGAGCGGAAGAUGAGGACCAAGGAAAAGGAGGCGGAGGUGGAAGUGGAGGAGGAGGAGGAGGAGGAGGAAGAAGGCAGCCAUCCAUCGUGGGAGCCUGGUAGAGAGAGGUCCAGCUACAGAAAACUGGAUAGGAGAGAGAAGACGGCCAUCUGGGUUCUCCAGAUGCUCAGGGCUGGUGUCCCUGUUUGGCUGUUGUCAUUGCGUCAUCUGAUACAGUCCACCAUCGCCCAUCAUGGUGGCAGUUGCGGAUGCACUCGAAGAACCAAACCAGUGUAUCUCCUGUGGUUUGUUUUCACGUGUCUGAAGACACCAGGGAAAUGAUAAUCCUGGUGUCACUCCUUGUCAUUACGUUUUACUGCUGAAAGUCAGAAAGGUUUAUUUUUCUGUCACUCAAUGGAGUCAUACCCUGGAGAGUGGGGAGGAAAAAAAAAAAAAAAAGCAGAGACACAAAAGAUCCUAAUCUUUGAAUUGGAAAGCUGAGGCCUGAGGUUUACGCCAACCAGCGCUUGGGGGAACAGCUGGAUUGAUUCUGAACAUGGUGUGCAGGGUGGGAAGAAGUUGGCUAGGAACCAAAAAAGCUGUCCUGGAGAUUAAAAGCAAACCUGAAGGUAUUUCCUUUAUGUCCUUGGAAACAGGAAGCAAGUUGUGGUUUUCGGCAGCAUUCUUGUAGGAGAGCAAACGGGCAAGGCCCCCAGCUGCCCCAGGACAGGGAGACCCCCACACCCCCACCCCGGGGCCUGUCGGUUUACAGAGAGACGGAUGUUACAUACCCAGCUCCGUUUAUGCGUGGUCACCAGUGACCAGAGAAGCUACUCGAUGCAAUGCAUCUGUUUCAGAUACAGAAAUAUAGAGAAGAUAUUUAUUGAGAUUUAAGUUAUUGUUAUUUAUUACAGUUCACUAAUGAGUUUCUCUCUAUUUUUUUCCCCCUUAUUUAUUAAAGUUUCUUUUCAAAGGUGCCAAAGUAUAUGUGCUCGCAAAAUGCAAAGAGGGGUGACAAAAGGAAAUUUCAAUUGGGAACAAGGGUCCAUACUUUUCAAAGUAAUUUUUUUUUUUUUUUUUUUGGCUAGGCAAAAAUCACUUACUUUACCUUUUUAAGAAAAAUCCCUCUUUUAGUUUCUCCAGAUGUCGGCAUUUUUCCCUCUUUUAACUUAUGGAUUCUUUCGGAUCUCAGAAGGAGCACCUCUAACCGGCCUCCUUUCCAGGAGCGUGUGCAGAGGCUGUGGGCAGUUGUCCCCUGCCCUUCACCCCUCCAUCACGGUCAUACUGAAGCUCUUCUUCCCCUCCACAGCUAUCUGUCUAUAAUAGGCAUAACCAUAGGUAUGAAAGGUCAAGUUCCUUUCAGUCCGUAGUCCUGACUAAAAGUAAAGGACUGUCAGGCAGCCAAGUUGUUUGCAGUGUCUCCCUCCAUCCUUGCCCAGCCACCGUCUUCCUGAGAGACAUGCACCUGCCCAGUGCAGCCAGGGGCACACCUAUGGCCUGCCAGAAGGUGGGUCUCUGACCCUCUCCAAGCCCCUGGGGUCAAGACGUGCUGCACCCGUUCACUUGAUGACUCCCUGGGGAGAAGGUGGCUGAGAAGGACGAGGAGGAAGAGGUGCCUGGCCACGGCAUACACAGAGAAGCCUCACACUCUCGUCCUGUGGGUCCCCAGUCGUGGACUUGUCUGGCAGCCAUCAUGUGGGCGAUGCACUGGGCCUUGUUAAACAUGUCAUAAAAGGGACGUUUACCCAGGAGACAAUCUAUCACUACUUUAGUAGCCAUAAAAGUAGGACAGAUUAAUCAAUUAAAUGACCUACUGGCCUCCCUCAAAUAACCGUGUUCACUUUACCAAGUAACCAAGAAGUGGCAGUUACUAGAUAUCCCCUCCCCCUACCCCUAAAAGACCCAAGUUCUGCAUCAUUGUGUCCUUUCUGCUCCCCUGCGUGACUGGGACAUAGAGGAAAAGGGCUUCUCCGUCGCCAUCCUCUGCUCAAAACGGUGACAACCCCAGCUUUCUGGCACAACUUGCAUGUAGUCCCAGGUUCAUCUGUCCAGUCCAGAGAGUCCUGGCAGAUGUGGUGUCUGUGUCUGACGUUCCCAGGUUCCAACCUCCGUCCCCUGCGCCCCGUGGAGAAUACCUGCCCAACCGGGCUGAGGGUUCCAUGGGUGUUGUCUCGUUCCCAGCGUCACCUACACACCACAGGUGGGUUCCAGUGGAAGCAGAUUGCUCCACCAGAUCCACCAAAGGGUAAAGUUUGUGAUUUUUCUUUAUCGUUGUGAUUACCAUCUGGUUCCGUAAGGAGUGCACUUCUUUGAAGCUCUAACUUCUCUGAUCUGUCUCAGUCGUUUGUGUUAUACAACCAAAGUUCUCUACAGACUUUAUUUUUGUACAAUACCAUUUUGUAACUUUUUACAAAUAAAAACUCAUUUCUAUUGC